GUAUUUUGUAUCGUCCGUCAAAGCAAUCGUCGAAGCAUAUCUCCGUCAUCGAAUCUGGUCUCGGUGAUCUUGGUGAUUUAUAUGGCAAUAAUUCGCUGAUUGAUGAAGCUAUCCGUGGCGUCGGCGCGUUGUUUGCUACGUGCAUACGUGAGUGUUUGACGAUCGUCCGUCCGGUAUUUUACAGAAAAAUUUCGGAGGCCAGAUUUUUAUUCCACGUAACGCGCGUUGCAUCACGUAAGAUGCAUUGCCACUUAACCAAUCUUAACUAACAUAAGUUAUCAUAAUCCACAGUAUCCAAGCAUCGUGUCGACAUGAUCAACUCUGCUCUAAAGGCUGAGGUGGUGUUGUCAGAGAGCAAUCGUAAAGCUUGUAUCAAAAGAUUCAGAUCGAUGCAAUUUCCAAAGGUGCGUGAUAAGGAUAUUCCAGAAGCUGCCAUUUUGAUCCCAUUAUGCUCUUACAAGGGAGAACUUGGUCUCUUAUAUACAUUGCGAUCCAUUAAACUCAGAUCUGGUGGAGGACAGGCAUCCUUCCCAGGUGGUAUGCAUGACAAGAGCGAUGCCGACCUGCAGGAAACUGCUCUGCGAGAGACAUGGGAGGAAUUGAAGAUCCCCAAGGAGAAGAUAGACGUGUGGACCACAGGGAAUCUUAUCGGCAAGACAAAUGUCAAUGUGAUGCCUGUGCUGGCUUACAUUGGCGAAGUGGUGCCGGAGCAAUUGGAGAUCAAUCAUGACGAAGUGGAUGAAGCAUUUGUGAUCAGCUUGCAAAAGUUGUGCGAUCCCGAGCUAUGUAGUUUCACAUAUUUUCGUAUGUUCAAUAUCACCUUGCCGAAUUAUUUGGGCGGUAAAUACCGUAUCUGGGGAUUUACUGGUGCCAUUACUCAUUUCGUGCUCGAGUGUUUAGUACCAGAGGUCUAUAAAAACAAAAUCCUUAACGUGCAGCCUCUCAGAAAAGAUAUGCGUGGAGAGAUGACGGAAACCAAAAGGACUUUUGAACAAGAUGCGACACGAUCAAAACUAUGAAGAAAACUUGGAUGUGUUCAUAUUGCGACGCUAUAAAUUUCUAUGUGUGUAAACAAAAUUAUUAACGACAAUUAAAUUAAGAUAUUUUUUUAUAACAUUGCGCAAAAGUUAAUCUCUCAUUAGAGUUAUGCCAAUUUUAAAUUCUUAUGUUUAAAUCUUCGGACUAACAAAAUUUGGUAUAACAAAACUUCGAUACUUUGGUUGUUGGCAUAACUUCAAUUUCGUCGUUAUCGAACGGAAUGUUGCAAAUUGUAUAAAACUUUUUGCAGCAUAUAUAUAUGU